UUCCGAAGCAUUCAGUCACGGCUUGUGACUCUACCCUGCUUCACUGCAAUUCGUACUAUAUAUACCAGCUGCCGAAGAAGAAGAAGAAGCUUCCUCUUCCUCAUCUCUCAUCUCUCUCUCUCUCUCUCUCUCUCUCUCUCUCUCUCUCUCUUAGAACUCUCUCUCCACCCAUGGGCUUUCCGGUGGGAUACACUGAGGUUCUGAUUCCGAAGGUUUUCCUCCACUUGCUCUCUCUUCUGGGUUUCAUCAGAAACUUCAUCCUCCGCCUGUUUCGCCUCCUGGGUAUCGCCGACUUCCUCGAAACCGACGUCGUCUGGUCGGACACUCCGGCGAACUUGCCCGAAAGCCCGCCCGUUUCCGCCGUCCUGAUCCGCGAGCUCCUCCCCGUGGUGAAGUUCGAGGAGGCCGUAGUCGCCGGCGCCGGGGACACGCCGGAGAGUUGCGCGGUCUGCCUGUACGAGUUCGAGGGGCGGGAGGAGAUCAGGUGGUUGAGGAACUGCAGGCACAUUUUCCACCGGAGCUGCCUGGACCGUUGGCUGGAUCAUGAUCAGAAAACGUGCCCCCUGUGUCGGACCCCCUUCGUGCCCGAUGAGAUGCAGGAUGAAUUCAAUCAAAGGCUCUGGGCCGCCUCCGGCGUGGCUGAUUUUUACAGUGAGUACAGUUCUAUUUCGGGGUUGUAACUUUCGGAACCGUACGUGGUGUUUGGAGGGUAAAUGUUAAAUGAUCGUUGAUAGCGUUGAAAAUUAAAAAUGUAUAUACUAAAAAUUUUAGAGGCACCAAAUCCAAUUGAGAAAGUUGGUAUGGUUUGGUUGCAUCCGGAAGGAAAUUAAGAAUAGAAGUUUGACAAUUGGGGCCAAGUAAUUGAAUAAUUGUAUUUUAAAAUUUAA